AUGCGUCGGUUUCUGUAUUUGUUGUUGUUGCUGGUCGUUCCGGCCAGUUGCGCCUCAUCUUGUGAUACGGAGCCCCUGUCUCUUCCUAUCCGCGAUGUCCAAGUUCUUCCCAACGUUGCGAAGUCUUUCAUGAAAGGGAUCCCGACAAAACUUGGAUCUCCCACGCAGAAUGUUGUGCUCUUACCUUGGGCAGAGUUGAACAACACUUACAUAUACGAUGACCAGUCCUAUUGCGACAAGACGGUCAUCUGGAACGAUCGCAUCUGCCAGAUUCGAAGAGGCGGGCUGUUCAACGAGGAAAAGUCUGAGUCCUUCGAGAAAGCCAGCGACAUUGGGGAUGCAGGCGGCGCCACGGACGAGGCGACCUUUCAAGGCUCAGAAGCAGGAAUCAAGAGACUCGUGUCGACUAGUCUUGCUGGCACCGACAACAUCACCCUCGAGGGAGCACCAGCCUUGGAGGACUUUCCCAUCGGGAUCCCGCGCCUCAAAUGGGAUGCCGGUUACACGCUGCUCCACCCCCUCGGCCUGGGUUCCAACUCGACCUACCUCAACGCUCUCCGGGCUGCCGGAAAGAUCAGUUCGCGAGUGUGGUCGAUAUUCUGGGGCAGGAUGUGGGUAAAGGAACCCAUCGAUGGUUCCCUUGUGCUCGGCGGAUACGACGAGGAGAAGGUGAUUGGGAGGAACUACACGGCACCCCUCGUCUACGACGACUACACAGGCACUCCGGGCUGCUGGACCGGGAUGAAGGUCACCGUCUCGGACAUUCGGGUCAACUUUCGCGAUGGCUCUGACGAGAGCAUCUUCCCUUCCAACACUGCGCUGCCUUGCUGUAUCGUCCCCCAAAGACAGCUCCUUCUCGAGGCACCAGGCGCGUACGUUGGCAGGUUUGAGCAAGUGACCGGAUUCAACCACACAGAGACCUCAUACGGCCUCCACUGGUCAGCUCGUCUCUUUGACGCCGAUAAAGUAUUCGAUGGCGACAUCACCUUCCACCUUAAUUCUGGCCUACAGAUCCGGGUGCCAAACGACCAGUACAUCGUGCCCUUUGUCGACAUCGAUCGCAGUGGAGCUCGAGUUACCAAAUCCAACGUCAAAGAGCUCUUGAUGAAUGGUGUUGCCGACCAGCCCGCGACUUUGGGCCGCUACUUUCUCACCGCGGCGUAUCUCAUGGUGAACCACGACGCAGGAACCUUUACGCUCUGGCAGGCCAAUCCGUCAAAGAGCAGCAAGCUGGUGCGAGUCUUUGACGAGGACACUGCCAAGAAGUGCGGCGAAGACGCCAGCGGAGUGGUUCAGCCAUCUGUUAGUGCAACACCAUCAAAAGAAGAGAAGACACAGACGACUGAGGAGCCAGAGGAAGCAACUUCUUCCACCUCCCCCUCCGGCGCCGUCAUCGGUGGAGCAGUCGCCGGCGUCGUAGUCGGACUGGGUGUGAUUGGCCUGGGAAUCUUCUUUCUCAUCCGCCGAAGAAGAAACGCAAAAUCAAGCAAUGAAUCUCCCGAAACCAAGGUACAUUCAGUUGAAUCCACACCGAGCUAUCCAGCCUGGAGCCCACCACAAGAGAUGGCCGGGUGUAAACCGAUGCCCCCAGAGAUGCAGGGACAGUCUCACUUUGUGUACGAGAUGGAUGGCAACACGUAUUAUUCCAGCCAUGGUCGGAAAUGA